AUGCAGACCAAUUUGAUGCAGUGUGCGGCGUAUGGUCUGAGCACUGACAGGUUGACCCCACACCCCUUCAACCUUUGCAGCAAUGCUGGCAGCACUCAUACGUCUAUUUCCCAAAGACAACCUCUGGAUAUCACCCUGAGCACGUACACUCAACUUCUUUGGUUGACCAUG